UGCGCGGACUCGCGCAUGCGUUUCUAGCAAUUAUGGCGGACCCGUUGAGCCUGCUGCGACAGUUCAAUGUCAACAAAAAGGAUAUCGCUGAGAAGAACUCACAAAUAAUCUUCGACGAGUACUCCUGGCCGAAGACCGUAAAGACCAACUACCUCGUGUGGGGGUCCGGAAAAGAUGGGGCACCUCGGGAGUACUACACGCUGCAGUGCUUGCUCUUUCUUCUCAGAAAUGUGCACUUGUCUCACCCGGUGUACGUGCGACAAGCGGCGGCUGAAAACAUCCCGGUCGUUAGGCGUCCUGACAGAAAGGACAUCCUUGCCUACCUGAACGGGGAGACAGCCACAUCUGCCAAUAUCGACAAGAGCGCCCCCAUCGAGAUACCCACACAAGUGAAGAGAACAGCUGAGGAGCCCCAAAAUGAGGUGGUCAAGAAGCCACGUCUCGAGGAGACGCAGAUGCAGCGUGCCAAGGAGCAGUUUUCGGCUCGUUUGGAUGCUCCCAAGGAAGCACCUGUGGUCACUGAGCAGAUCAGGUCUCUGUCUGAGGCCAUGUCCGUGGAAAAGAUUGCAGCCAUCAAGGCCAAGCGCUUGGCAAAGAAGCGAGCCACCAUUAAAGGAGACGAUGACCUUGGCCUGGCUGACAUGCAGGGCAUCCUUGAAUACGAUGUGGACGUCACACGCGACAUCCUCAGUCGUGAGCGCCAGUGGCGCACGCGGGCCACCGUGCUCCAGAGUGCUGCAAAGAAUUUUGCCAAGUCCAUCUUCCCGAUCCUCCAGUCAAUCAAGAUGCGGGAGGAAGGUGUCACCACCAAGCAGGCGCAACCUGAACCCGUUCAACCACCCAGGGCUACCCCAGUGCGUGCAGCGCCACAGCCAGCCGUUUACAACAGAUACGAUCAGGAACGCUUCAGGGGCAAAGAAGAAACGGAGGGCUUCAAGAUCGACACAAUGGGCACAUACCACGGCAUGAACCUCAAGUCGGUGACUGAGGGCAGCCAGCCCAAGCGGCCCGUCCCUGCGGCCACCCCGACACCCGCGGCCCCUGCUGCCGCCCCCGCCACCACAGCGGCACCUGUGCCUCGGCCAGUGCCCAAGAGAGGUAAGCAAAGUGUUCUCGGAGCAUUUUGUGUACGAAGGAACAGAUGUGAACAUAGAAGCAUCAUGGUGUUGCCCUCCAAGACGCAUGUACUGAAAGGAGACACAUGCAAGGGUGGCAAGAACAGCAAGCUGCGCCUCACUGUGUUUUUGUGCGCCAACAUGGACGGGAGCGACAAGUGCCCCACAUUUGUCAUUGGGAAGAGUGACUUAGACGAAGCCUGCGAAGUUCCCACCGACGAAGUGAUGCCAGAACUUUGGUCCGCAGUCGAUGAGGAUGCUUCACGACUCGAAUUUCUGCAUGCGGACGACGCAUUAGUAACAUCAGAACUUCUCACCGAUGAGGUGAUCGUCGCAAACGUGCUUGAAUCAAACAGUGACGACGACACUGACGGCGACGACGGCAGCGAUGACGCAGUAGGGCAGGCUGCCUCAACGUUGUUCUCGCAAGAGGUCCUGCAGUUGAUUCAGUCCCUCCGGGGCUUUGUUUUCGCGAGGGACCUUCCGCUGCACUACGGGGAGUACUUGGAUGCCAUGGAGAAGGAUGUCGGCGAGCUUCGCUUGAGCGCACUUCUCACCUUGUGCCAUGAUGAGAGGUCCACUCAAAGGCAGAUGCACGUUGCGACAGACUCGUGCACCUUGUGUUAUGUUUGUGCAGUCAAGGCAUUCCAUCUCAAGUGGGACGAGAUCACACUGGACAGCAACGUGGCCAAGUGGGCUGUGCACGUGAUUCAACUGAGCAAGCAGAAGCGCCACCUUGACAGAGCCAACUUGCUCAACUUUUGGGAGGUGCUCGACAGAGUCGAGUUUCAACGUACGUGGACACAUGAUGCCGCAAGAAAUGCGUAGCAAGCUUUCACAAGCCACCACCACCACAACCAACACCACCAUCUACACUGGAGCAUAUGGCACCUUUACAGCCUCUAAAAUGGAUGCAGUGUUCAAGAACACCUGAGGUGGCCCUUCCGAAGACAACCAAGCACUGUGCACCAGGAUGGGGCAUCUUUGACCACUGCGUGACCUCUUAGUCAUAUCUUCGUGACCCCUUUCAUGCCUUCCUAUGUGCUCAUUCAUUGGCGUCAAGACGGUGUGCGUGUUUUUUUAUUUUCUUUUUUUUUUGUUUACAGCUAUAUGCUCGUUAUUUGGCAUCUUCCUGACCCCUUUCAUGCCUUCCUAUGUGCUCGAGCGUUCUUUGGCAUCAAGACAUGUACGUGUGUUGUUUUUUAUUUUUAUUUUUUUGUUUACAUCCAGACUGAAACCGCUGUGGAUUGUUCUUUUGCUACCCGUCUCUGUACGUCAAGCAGUGCAGUGGCAUAGCUUCUGCUGGACCUUGGUCGUUCAGGUGGUUUGCGAGGAUUUGCAGUGGGCCACUUUUGUUUUGCUUGCUAUUUGAAGGCCUGCUCUUGUUGAAAUAUGUUGAGGCCACCUUCGGGGGCGCAGUACCAGUGUGUGGUGAAAGGGGUGGGGUGUUCUGUUAUUUUUUCCCCCUGUCUGGUGAAUCACAAGCGAGUUGUAGCGAGCCUGUGGUGGACGAGAGGUGUAACCUUUAUUCAGGUGGUGUACUGCAUACUCUUGAGCUUAUGUCUUGUGUUUGCUGUUCCUCUAGUACAAAAGAAAGUGUGCCACUGAGGAACUACUUUCGUUUUGCUACAUGCACGCGUGUACGGGGGGGGGGGGGCAGCAAUGCUAGAGGAGCAAGGUAGAAUGUCCCCCCGACCAUUUUUCACCGACGAAGCUUGAGAACUGAAUAAUGAAUUUCUGCUUUUGCCUCCAAGUGGUGAACUGUGUUAUGACAAGUUGCUGUGCAACUUGGGCUUCCUCACUGAACUAUGUUGUUGUGGCAACAUUGAUGUUUGUUUUGAUGAGAUGAUUUAAUGACAUUUUGUUAGUUGCAAAGUCGGUCUUCUACCUGCACAAAUGAAAUAAAAGUUAGGCUAAAACUCUUAUGCCCCUUUUUCUUUCUUUUUUCUCUUUCUAACUGUUGACUCCUGCCAUAUUCUACCCUCUUCCACAAUAUUUUUGUCCAUUUACAUUGUAGGAAAUCAUCCGACAGUCAUAAAAUUGCACUGAUUUAAAAUACAUUUUUACUCUGUGGUAUUUUCAGCAGUAGUCGUCUUCAAGGCGUUCUUUUUCUGUCUGUCUCUCUCUCCUCCCCCCCCCCCCCCUUUCUUUCCUCCUGUGUUGUGAAGUAUCAUACGUGUAGGAGUGACUUGAAUAGUAGAGCUUUGAAAAAAAAAAAAAAGGCUGAUUUUGGCUUUGGGCACAUUUCUCCCCACAACUUUCUGAUACUUGUUACGCAUAACUUUUUUUUAAAAUUUUCUCUCUAUUAGAGCUCUGUGCAUUUUUUUAGCACUUUUUGAUACUUGUUACGCAUAACUUUUUUUAAUUUUCUCUCUAUUAGAGCUCUGUGCAUUUUUUUUAGCAGUGGGCUUGUCUUGUUCUUAUAGUGUAUUAUAUUACACAAUAUAGAAAAAUGCAUGCUGUGUCACUCUUGUGUAACGUCCUGUCUAAAAGACAUGUGGUAGUCAUUGCUGUGUGUGUGUGUGAGAAAGGAAAACGAGUGUUUAUCACUGCUGUGUAAAUAAGUUCAUUUCAGAGAGCAUACCCGUGGUCACUGAAGAGUAGCUGCAUGUUGACACACUGUAAUUUGUUCAUCAUUUAACUCGUGCCAGGUUGAUGCAGCGGAACCUCAGGGACAUACAGCAAAUUCUCACAGUUUUGCAUUGCAGAUCCAAGUAGACACUGCUCCAGUUUUGUGUAGAUCCACAUUGAAUGAAGCUGUUAGCUACAUAGAGGCUAAUGUGUGUAUUUGUCAAGAAUAUGGUUCUUAGCACUUGUGUAUUAUCAAUAUUGGAAACUGAUGGCUUGAUGCUGUCAGGAAAAACUGGAGCAUGCCUUAAUCGUGAAUCGUGGUAACUGCUUCUGGUGUUCUGCUGCAUCAUAUUCAUUCUUGAAUUGAUAUCCAAGUGUGAGAAUUUUCAUUUGAAUUGUGCACAACUUGGUGAGAAUGGUAAGAUGUUUUAUUUGCUUGUUAUUGCUGGGCCUGUGUUGUAAAGACAUCGCCAUAUUUGGUCUCGUACAGCCAUCUUAAAAAAUGGCACACUCUUGUAUGUACAUAUAGGGCACACAUACUAACAGUGGAGUCCUAUUGGGACAGCAAGGAAAUAAUGUACGCUCAGGGCCAAUGUCCUUUGCAAAAUAUAGAACAUGUGAUGCUGUUGAUAUUGUGCAUUUUCUUGUGCACAUUAUAAUUGGAAUUUUAGAAUGUUAGUUUCCUGUUUGCUGGUGCAUCUCCUCAGUUUGGCAUCCUAUAUAUGAGUGUAAAAUCACCAUGAGGCCCCAUGCAGUUUUGUAGUGUGCGCAAGGUGACUAUGUGCAUAGCCACUGUCUUUUUACUUGUGUUAUCUUUCCUGUAAGGGCAGCUCCGUGCCUGUUAGCAUGUCUGUUGCGAAGGUCGAAUUUUGUACAUAGUUAUACCACUAGAAAUCCUGAUGCCUGCAGCCUGUCUGCUGUAAAAGGUUGCCUCAGUUCUGUUUGAGAGUUCAUUAGUUGUGGCUUUAUGUUAACCCAUUAACUCCCAUGCUGCCCUUCCCCUUGCGUCCUUCGCACUGGUGUUGCAGGCUGUGCUGCCCACUUGUCCAGGCCACAGCUUCUCAGCAUUGCUUGCCAGUAAGCAACUGCAGUUGCCAGGCUGUUUCAUAUUGUUUAGUUUAGCUAUGGGGGGGGGGGGAGGGGGUAAAUAUUCGGCAGAGCCAUUAGAUGCAUGUUAAUACUGGAAACAGCGAAAUAAUAAAGGUCAGCACACAAAGUGGUGCUGCAAUACUG